GUCAAUUGAUACCUCAGCAUGAACGCUUCUACGAGCGGAAAUGUCCAGUUUGCAGAUGGAGCCAGUUUAUUUGCAUACAUUUUUGUUGGAGUUGUUUGCGCAAUCGGCACCAUUUUUUGCUAUAACAUUUAUUUCCAUCCUUUAGCCAGGUUUCCAGGUCCCAAAUCAUACGCUGCUUCUCCAAUUCCCGUGGCACUUGCACAAUUAGGAGGCAGAUUCCAUCGUUUCACACAGGCCGCUCAUGAGAAAUACGGGAGCGUCGUUCGAAUCAGCCCCAAUGAACUGUCAAUUAUUUCCGCUGCGGCAUGGGAUGACAUCUACGGUCGAAGGCAGAAAGACCCUCCACUUGCCCGCGAUCCGACCUUCUUUAAUGAUAUGCUAGUGGACCCGAGGACAUUGACUAUGGCCGAUGAUACCAAUCACAUACGACUACGAAAAUCUAUGAAUGGCGCAUUUGCGCCCCGAGCACUCGCAGAGCAAGAGCCUAUUCUAAAAGAAAAUGUUGAUCUUUUCAUGGAUAAAUUGGAGGAGCGUGCUCAGCAACGGCUUGAAACGGACCUCCGAUUGUGGUAUAAUUACGCAACAUUCGAUUUGAUAGGCGACUUUGCAUUUGGAGAAUCGUUCAGAUGUCUCGAAUCAUCAAAAUAUCACGAGUGGGUGCAAUUCGUGCUGGACCACUUCUAUGUGGCAACUUUACUACAAGUGGUUCAUCGAUUUCGGCCACUGAAUAAGUUGCUCGCCAUGCUGCUUCCUGCUUCCCUUAUACAGAAGAAGGAAGCCCACCACCGGAUGGCUCUUAACAAGGUCCGCCGUCGGGUUCAGAAGGACACCCAGCGGCCGGACUUUAUCUCGCACAUGCUGAAAGCUCUGGAUACUGGCAUGAUCACCAUAGACGAGUUGGAAAAUCAAGCCAGCAUUAUUAUGCUGGCCGGUAGUGAGACGACUGCAGUGGCCCUAACUUUCGCGACGUAUUUCUUGCUUGUUAACCCUCACAUAAUGGAUCGGCUUCUGGAAGAGCUUCGCUCAAACUUUGAAAAUGAGAGUCAAAUUGAUGUGUUGUCUAUCAACAAAUUGAAUUACUUACAGGCAGUGAUUCAGGAGACUCUACGCCUUGCUCCGCCCAUUACCAACGGGUUCCCAAGACAAGUUCCGCCAGAGGGGGCUAUGGUUGACGGAUAUUUUAUUCCUGGUGGAAGUGUCGUCAAUAUCAACCACUGGAGUGCCUAUCACUCGUCCAAAAACUUUUUCAAACCAGAUCAAUUCUGUCCUGAACGAUGGCUAGGAGACUCUCUCUUCGAAGGAGAUACAAAGGAUGCCUUUCAGCCGUUCUCCGUCGGACCACGAAAUUGCAUUGGCAAGAAAUUCGCAUAUGACACCUCCACUGCUGGUGAGCCUAGAGCCGAGAGCGCCCCCAUCCUUUCAUUGACACCUCUCUGGGCAUGA